AUGCUGAGCACGGUGCAGCGUGUCGGCUGGAGAGUACCACAGUCUGGGCCUCACCGCCGACGGCACUGUCUGGAGCUGGGGCGGGGAGGCUUUGUCCAGCUGGGCCACGGCGACCAGCAGCACCAGCUGCUACCGAAGAAGAUCGAAGCCUUUGGCCCGCGCGUCGUCGCUGUGUCGGCAGGGCGCGACUACAGCCUCGCCCUCACCGCCAAUGGCGCCGUCUGCUGGGGCCGUGGCAUCUACUCAGGUUGGGCCACGGCGACGAGCAGCGCCAGCUGCUGCCGAAGAAGGUUGAGGCUUUGACUGGCCAGCGCGUCGUCGCUGUGUCGGCUGGGGCCUACCACAGCCUCGCCAUCACCGCCGACGGUGCUGUCUGGAGCUGGGGCUGGGGAGCCUCAGGCCGGCUAGGCCACGGCGACGAGCAGAACCAGUGGCAACCGAAGAAGCUCGAGGCCUUUGCGUGGGGCAAGGGUGAACGCGGCUGCCUAGGCCACGGAGAGGAGCUGUCGAACCAACUGCUGCCCAAGAAGGUCGAGGCGUGGCCGCCGGGGUGAGGUAUCGGGCGCUCUGUACGGCUGGCCGGGCGUUUAGUUGCUUAACCUUCGCAAUCGUGGGAUCGCUUGUCAUGCGAGAGAGUGCGCUGUGUUCUUGUUUUCUUAAGGGCGUACGCCCUUAGUUUU